GUUCUGCUCAUUUGUUGUUGCAUCGGAUCCAUUUGAAGGUGACACGGUGUUAUAAGUUUGGUUUGCCAAAGCGAUUCUUUGGUGAUUUAUUAAUACUCACGACCAAAUACUAAUUUGCACCAUUCCAGAAUGGACGAACAGAGCUGUCCUCGUUGCAAAACAACAAAAUAUAGAAACCCUUUCUUAAAGUUGAUGGUAAAUGUUUGUGGGCAUACACUAUGUGAAAACUGUGUGGAAAUGCUAUUUGUUCGAGGCUCUGGAAACUGUCAGGAAUGUGACACACCGCUCAGAAAAAGCAAUUUUCGAAUUCAACUUUUUGAAGAUCCUACAAUAGACAAAGAGGUUGAAAUUCGGAAGAAGAUUUUAAAAAUAUAUAAUAAAAGAGAGCAUGACUUCUCAAGUCUCAAUGAGUACAACAAUUAUUUGGAGCAGAUAGAAGAGAUUGUCUUCAAUUUAACAAACAACUUUGAUGUGGAGAAGACAAAGCAGAUGAUGGAGCAGUAUCAGAAGGAGAACAAAGAUCUCAUUCAGAGGAACAAAAUAAAACUGACACGAGAACAAGAGGAGCUGGAGGAGAUCUUGGCAAUAGAACAAAAGGAGGCAGAGGAGAGGAGGCUGCUGUUGCUAAAGGAGGAACAGAGGCAACUUAUGGCAAAGAAGAAAAAUAAACAAGCUCUACUAGAUGAGCUGGAAAACUCCAAGCUUCCAGCUGCUGUGUUGCUGGCUCAACACAAAGAUCGUGCUGCUCAAUUGGAGACUCAGAUUGAAAAACAGAGCCAAGUAUUGCAGCCUUCUAAAUUUUCUACUGGAAUCAUAAUGAACCAGAAGAUCUCACUACAGCCUGUGGCCAAGGUCGAAGAGGUUCUCUAUGUUUAUCAGCCUCUACACAUUGAGUCUUAUGGACCUCCAGUUCCAGACCUUGAAAAUCUGGGACGGUUAGGAUACCUCAAUCAUGUACGAGCGACAUCCCCUCAGGACCUCGCAGGAGGCUACACAUCCAGCCUUGCCUGUCAUCGUGCUAUACAGGAUGCGUUCACUGGAUUAUUUUCUCACUAGUUGGCUUUACCACUUCAACAGCAAAUUUGAAUUGUAAGUCAAUAACUGUUGUGAGGCCAUGGGACAGGACUUGUAAAUCUAUUCUCUGUGCUGUUUUCAUAUUGUAUUACUGUACACUUUAGCUGACAUUUGAAAGGAAAAAGUAUACAUUAAAUGUAUUUUUAUAAAGAAUAAAUUGACCUUGA